GGGAGGAGCAGGAGGUCUGGUUAAUUUGCCUGGUCUGACCUCUAUCUUGUCAUGAUCCUCCUGCCUCAGCCUCCUGAGUGCUGGGAUCACAGGCAUGCACCACCAUGCGCAGUGUCUCUUGUGGACUAAAGGAGGAUUUGGCAAAAAAAGUGGUCGUAGUAAAAAAUGGAGGAAGAUGCUGAAGCUGCCCUCUGUCGGCCAGUGCUUUGAGCUGAGGCAUUUCAUCGAAAGGGAUUACAGCAGCCUUUGCGACAAGCAGCCGAUAGGAAGGCUCCUCUUCAGACAGUUCUGCACCACUAGCCCGGAUCUCAAGAGGCGUGUUGAAUUUCUGGAUGCCGUGGCCGAGUACGAAGUCGCCGUUGACGAGGAUCGCAGAGACCAUGCACUGUCUAUCUUGGACAGGUUCUUCAGUAAGGAGAACGCAGAUGCGCCCUUACCAGAGAUCUCCGCGGCUGCCGUGAGAGAAUGCAGAUGGGAUCUGAAGCAGAACUCCUCCAAAAACGUCUUCGAGGGAUGCAAGAGUGUUGUCCAUAACUAUUUGAGUAAAAAACCAUUUGAAGAAUACAAAGAAAGUGCGUAUUUUUCUCGAUUUUUACAAUGGAAAUGGCUGGAAAGGCAGCCAGUAACCAAGAACACAUUUAGACAUUACAGAGUUCUGGGAAAAGGCGGAUUUGGAGAGGUUUGUGCCUGUCAAGUGCGAGCUACAGGAAAAAUGUAUGCCUGCAAAAAGCUAGAAAAAAAAAGAAUUAAGAGGAGGAAAGGUGAAGCUAUGGCUCUGAAUGAAAAAAGGCUCCUGGAAAAAGUGCAUAGUAGAUUCGUAAGCUUCAACUGCCACACCCCACUCCUGAAACCUCCAACUCUACCUUCACUGUUCCAGGGAAGGCCUGAACAUGGGGUGGCUGGCGUGAAUGAGGAGCGAUUUCAGGCUUCCUCUCCAAACCUAGGUUCCCUCGCCUGGGUUAGCUUAGCCUACACUUAUGAAACCAAAGAAACCUUGUGUUUGGUGCUAACCAUCAUGAAUGGAGGGGACUUGAAGUUCCACAUUUACAACAUGGGCAAUCCCGGCUUUGAUGAGAAGAGAGCUGUUUUCUAUGCUGCGGAGGUGUGCUGUGGCUUGGAAGAUCUACAGAAGGAAAGAAUUGCAUACAGAGACUUAAAGCCAGAGAAUAUCCUCCUGGAUGACUAUGGACACAUCCGGAUUUCAGACCUUGGUUUAGCCCUGGAGGUCCCAGAAGGCCAGAUGGUUCAAGGAAGGGUUGGAACCGUCGGCUACAUGGCUCCAGAAGUUAUCAAUAAUGAAAAGUACACAUUUAGUCCUGACUGGUGGGGACUUGGCUGUCUGAUAUAUGAAAUGAUUCAGGGACGUUCUCCAUUCAGAAAGCCCAAAGAGAAAGUCAAGCGGGAAGAGGUGGAGCGGAGAGUGAGGACUGACACUGAGGAAUACUCGGAGAAGUUCUCAGAGGAUGCCAAGUCCAUCUGCAGGAUGUUACUCACCAAGAAUCCGAGUGAACGGCUGGGCUGCAGAGGUGAUGGUGCUGCUGGGGUGAAAAAGCACCCCAUUUUCAAGGACAUUAACUUCAGCAGGCUGGAGGCAAACAUGUUGGAGCCCCCCUUCCGCCCUGAUCCAAAUGCUGUCUAUUGCAAGAACGUCUUGGAUAUCGGGCAGUUCUCCGUGGUGAAAGGCGUUUACCUGGACACCACAGAUGACAACUUCUAUGCUCAAUUUGCAACAGGGUGUGUCUCCAUUCCCUGGCAGAGAGAGAUGAUCGAGUCUGGAUGCUUCAAGGACAUCAAUGACUAUGAAAACAGGCAUCUGGAGGAGAAGUUAUGUGCUCCAGCUCCGAGGCCAAAGAGAAACCUCUUCUACAGGUUCUUCAGAAGAAUGGGCUGCCUGGGGACCGGCCGCUAAGAGGAAGGGAGCCUACA